AAACGUUUAGAACUCAUCUUUCUCUUUUUAAAGAAAAAAAUUAUUCAACAAUAACAGCUGUCGGAGGGAGACUAGUGGAGACCGGGUUCUGGGUCUGGUCGAGCUUUUCUACCACAUCGCCGGAAUAUUCUUCUGUCUCCCUAUUAACAGUGGAAUCUGAUCAGCGUGGAGCUGCGUUCCGGACAGCUUGAUUUGACGGAUUUAGGGUUUGGUUGGCUUCAGGAGAGAUGGAGGGACAGGUGGGCGCCCAGGUCGGCACUCCGCUUUUCUUCCACCAGCAGCUCCCCGUCCAGUUCCAUGAGGCGACGUCGUCCGGCAAGAAGCGGGAUUUCCCUUGGCAAGGCCACCACCAGCAGCAGCGGCUGAUGGGUGCUUCUCUCCCAAACAAUAACCCCAGUGGCAAUUGGAACCCCAAGAUGUGGGCUUGGGACAGCUUCAAUUUCGUGGCGAAACCCUCCGUCGAUGCCUCUGAUGUGCUUCGAGCGGUCGGUACAGACGUGGAGCAGAGGAAGAAAGGGGAAGAGAGUUCCAAAGGUCUGAUCUUGGGCAAGGGUUUGGGAGAGGAUGAGGAGAACCUUACUUUGAAGCUUGGAGGGGGCAACUACUCGGCGGCGGAGGAGCCGGUGGCGAGGCCCAACAAGAGGGUCCAGUCCGGGUCGCCGGGAAGUCGCGGCAGCUACCCUAUGUGCCAGGUGGAUGAUUGUAGGGCGGAUCUGUCGAACGCCAAGGAUUACCACCGGAGGCACAAGGUGUGCGAGGUUCACAGCAAGUCUGCCAAGGCCCUUGUGGGGAAGCAGAUGCAGAGGUUCUGCCAGCAGUGCAGCAGAUUUCACCCCCUUUCUGAGUUUGAUGAGGGCAAGAGAAGCUGCAGACGACGGCUUGCAGGGCAUAACCGACGAAGAAGGAAGACACAGCCAGAGGAUGUUCCCUCCCAGUUGUUGCUUUCUAGAAACCAGGAGAAUGCAGCCAAUGGGAAUUUGGAUAUUGUCAACUUGUUAGCCCUUUUGGCACGCUUUCAAGUUCCCUGUAACAAUGCAGGUAAACUGGCUAGCCAGCCCCCUCUACCUGAUAGAGACCGUCUUAUCCAAGUUCUUAGUAAAAUAAGCAAUUUGAACACUGCAAACUCUUCAUCAAGAUUACCUGUAUCUGGAGGUUUUGAUCUAAACGUUUCACAAGCUACCCAGCAAGGUUCUUUUGAACAAUCCCCAAAAGGAAGUGAGAACCCUGCUGCACCAUCAACAAGAAACCUGCUGGCAGUUGUCUCUGCAGCACUUACAGCUUCUGCCCCUGAGGCUAUUGCUUCUCUUUCUCAGGGGAGCAGUGACAGCAGUGGCAAUGAUAAAGCCAAGCUACAAUGUGCAGAACCUGCUACUGAUGUCAAUUCACGCAGCAAACCAAUUCAAACCUUUCCUUCGGCGGGUGUAGUGAGAACCAACUGUAUUAGUCGAUCCCCAAUAGAAGUACCUGAGCAACCAGUUCACGAGGCCUGGCCAAGUUUGCCAUUGCAACUGUUUGGGCCUGCUGAAGGUGACAGUGCUCCUAAAAUGGGAUCUGUGAUAAAAUAUUUAUCCUCUGAGAGGAGCAACCCCAUGGAAGAGAGUAUGAAGCAUGCAAGAAUGUCAAAUUGCAGGGAAGACAAUGCAACGGUUGAACUAAGCACAGGUCGUGGUUGGAAUGCAACACUAGAGCUGUUUAAGGACCCACAAAGACGACUUGAAAAUGGGGCAGUUCAGAAGCAUCCAUAUCAAGCUGGUUAUACUUCCUCCUCUGGUUCAGACCAUUCACCUUCUAGCUCAAAUUCUGAUACACAGGAUCGGACUGGUCGGAUCAUUUUUAAGCUCUUUGGCAAGGAUCCAAGCAAUUUCCCUGGGACGCUUCGUGCUCAGAUAUUAAACUGGCUCUCGCUCAGCCCAUCAGAAAUGGAGAGCUACAUUCGUCCUGGUUGUGUGGUCCUAUCAGUUUAUUUAUCAAUGCCAUCAAUUGCAUGGGAUCAACUUGAAGGAGACCUUCUACAACAAGUCACUUCACUUGUCCAGUGUUCAGAGUCGGAGUUUUGGAGAAAUGGGAGGUUCUUAGUUCGCACGAGUAGACAAUUGGUGUCGCAUAAAGAUGGGAAGAUCCGCCUGUGUAAAUCAUGGAGGACGGGGAGUGCUCCUGAAUUGACUUCUGUAUCGCCUGUUGCUGUCGUGAGUGGGCAGGAAACUUCCCUUGUUCUAAAAGGUCACAAUCUGACAGUUCCUGGCACCAAAAUCCACUGCACCUAUAUGGGAAAAUACACAUCAAAAGAUGUCCUGUGCUCAGCUUAUCCAGGCAACAUGUGUGAUGAUUCCAGUGUUGAGAGUUUUGAUUUUCCUGGAGGAUCUCCCACAGUGUUUGGUCGUUGCUUCAUUGAGGUGGAGAAUGGUUUUAAAGGGAAUAGUUUUCCUGUUAUUAUUGCGGAUGCUAGAAUCUGUCAAGAGUUAAGAGUCCUCGAAUCUGAGUUUGAUGAAGAUGUUCGGAUAGCAGAUUUCAUUCCAGAGCAUCAGGUUCAGGAGAAUGGGCAGCCAAGAUCAAGGGAGGAUGCUUUGCACUUUUUAAAUGAACUUGGGUGGCUCUUUCAAAAGACAAAUACCUUUUGUACCUCUUCCUCUCCUGAUUUUUCUACAAAGCGGUUCAAGUACCUUCUAACAUUUUCAGUGGAACGAGAUUGGUGCGCUCUUGUUAAGACACUUUUAGAUGUGCUUGCAGAAAGAAAUUCCAGAAGUGAUGCCUUGUCACAGGAAACACUAGAAAUGCUUCUAGAAAUUCACCUCUUGAACAGAGCAGUGAAGAGAAAGUGUAGGAAAAUGGUAGAUUUACUUAUCCAUUAUUCUGUAAGGCAUGGAAAUGAUAAUACAAAUAUAUACCUUUUUCCUCCAAACCUGGCGGGCCCUAGUGGAGUGACCCCAUUGCAUCUGGCUGCAUCCACAGAAGACUCUGAGGACAUGGUUGAUGCACUGACCAGCGACCCUGAAGAGAUUGGAUUGAACUGCUGGGAUUCAUUAAGGGAUGACAACGGUCAGUCUCCAUUUAUGUAUGCAACAUUGAAGAACAAUCAUUCUUACAACAGUCUGGUGGCCAGGAAGCUUGCAGACAGGAAAAAUGGCCAGGUAUCAAUUUCAGUUGGACAUGAAGAGGUUUCUUUCGACAAGUCUUGGAUAACAGGAGAGGCAGAUAGACCCGUUUCCCAUCCUUCGCAAGCAAGACCUUGUGCACUGUGUUCCGUAGCAGGUGCAGGUCGGCUCAGGCAAGCUCCCCACACAAGGGGGCUUCUCGAGCGCCCUUACAUCCAUUCCAUGCUCGCAAUUGCUGCAGUCUGUGUUUGUGUCUGCCUGUUCCUCCGAGGUUUGCCGCAGAUUGGCUCUGUUGCUCCCUUCAAAUGGGAGAAUGUAGACUUUGGCCCAAGAUAGUUUCUGUUUGGUGAUGCUGUUUCGGACAAUGGAGCAGCCAGUUCGCAGUUGCAGUUUCUGGUCACCAUCAGCUAUUUAUCAUUCUCUUAAAUUUGUAAUUCGUGGGGACCGAAUUCAUUAAAGGAAAAGGUUUGAUUCUUUUUGCCGGUUGUCAUGGUAUCAUUGGAGGGAUAUGCAGACGUGGUGGAACACGCUAGAGAAACGUUGAGAUAGAGGAUGAGGUAAAGGUAACACAUGUUGGGUGGGGUUGGUUCUGAAAGCAACUUCAAAUUUCAGAGUAAGGCCCUAAUGGAACCAGGAACAGCAGCAAAGGCGACUGGUGAAACUUCGGAGGGGGGAGGGGGAGGGGGAGGGGAGGAUUUAUUCUUGAUGGAACUAGAGACUGGAUGUAAUGAAAGCGUUAUUGCUUGUAUUGGGAGGGGGGAUCUUCUGAGUUCCUGGUGUUCGUUACACAUCCAAGGCGCUGUGUUUUUGUUUUGCCUUUGCUUUUCGUUUUUUUGGUUGGAUCCAUGGGAAAUGUAGCAUGGAAAGUGCUCAUGGAUUCUGUGUCUGUAACAGGAGGGUUCAAUUAUAUUACGUCACAUACUGAAGCAUGGUAUCUACCAACUGGAUGGAUGGAGAUAGCUCAAUAGAUAGAUAUACUGAUUCUUUUAUUCAUGGUUUGAGCAACAUUUGUUGACAUCCUUA